CUGCUUUUUAGGUUAAACUGACUAAACUUCACUAGAACUUUUAUCCGAAAGGAAUUCCACACAUGAUAAGAAAAAAAACUCAGCGUGUCAUUUUAAGAAAGUAAAGGGAUCCACUUUCUGGCCAAUGAGAAGUUGUCAUGAGGCUAGGAUUAGCCAAUGAGCGGUUCGGAGGCUGAGUUUGGCAGGAGUUGACGGUGCGUGGCUGAAAAUUUCGGUCAGUUUACUUUACCGAGUGAAGUAUGCGGCCGUGUGGGGGAUGAGACGUAGUGAAGGCACCGCAUACCAGAUGGUGGUCUAGAGUGAGACAGACCUGGGUUCACUAACCCCGACGAAGGAGAGAAACACACAUUUGAAAGGACGGGACACGAGAUUAUAUCUCUUGUUAACGUUGCUUCAGUUCGCGUGUCAGUGGUAAAGUUCUGGAAUAAAGAUGUCUCAAAGAGUUCGAAGAAACGGGUCGCCCACGUCCAGCUGUCCUCCAGUGUCUGCCAACGCCGCCGGUGGAGUUCCUACCGGAGGUUCGGUCGGUGGUGCCGGAGGCUCGGGAAUGAGUGUGUUUAAUCGCCUCCUGCCAAUGAAGGCGACCGUUCCGUUCCAGCUGAAGCCGCAGGGACAGCCCCCCCUCCAGUCGAGGUCUUCUCAUGGUGCCAGUAGCGCAGGCGGUAGCCCUACACACGGCAGCGGUAGCAGUAAGUGCCACGGCGGCUCGUCCACCUCACUCAGCCCCAGUCCGACGCGCGGCGCCACGGUUCCGACAGCACCCCAGACCCCGCCUGUCAGCUCGCUGCACACGGCUGGCGUGGGCGCGCACAUCGUGGCACAAUCUUCAUCUUCCUCAUCCUCGUCAUCCUCCUCUUCCUCUUGUAGAAGUAGUCCCAUCAUUAUAGCAACAGGUCCCACGUUCGGCGCUUCGUUCAGGCCGCAGGCGCAGUCCCCCGUCCCCCCAUCCCAGCCACAGUCAGUGGUGUGCCCCCACAUGAAUGCACACAACUACGGCUCCGGUAGUGUGGGUGCUUUCCUGGGUGGCCUGCCCAUGGCAUCCUCUUGUUACUCCCCCUCACAACAGCUGAGCUGGAUCUCAGAUGUUCCACCGGGCCUUCUUCCCACUGCGACCCCGCAGCAGCAGCAGCAGUCUCCCUUGUCGGCGUCACCGUCUGGGUCCUCCCGGGGCCGGCUCGUGGCCCCGUUACAGAGCUGGUCACCGGAUCAUGAGCAGCAGUCCCCCGAAAGAAUCAGUCCCAGCUCGCCCGGUGGAAAAGGGCGUGGUGCUAUGUUAAGUAUGCGUCGGACCUCCUCUCUGGAGGCGUUAGCUGGACCCUACCUUUCUGGCCAGUGGCCCAGAGACUCCGCCCACACACAAAGCCACACCCACAUUGGCCCCUGCGUGAAGGAUCAGGCCACACAGACCCCCAGUGCGUGGGCGGAGGAGGCCCAGGACAAGAGGAACGCUUCACACAAGCGCUCUGCAUCAUGGGGCAGCACUGACCAGCUCAAAGAGAUUGCCAAGUUGAGGCAGCAGCUGCAGCGCUCUAAACACAGUCGUCAUCACCGCGAAAAGGAGCGCAAGUCCCCCUUCAAUGGCAACCACACAGUCAUCCAAUCACAGGCCCCGUUACCUAAGAGUGCUCUGAUCCCAGUCCCUGCCCCGCGUCCCUCCCCUCGUCUGCAGAACAGUCUGGAAGGUCUGAACCAGGAGAUUGAGCGCCUCAUCAUCAGAGACGUGGCUGACCGUGAUCACACACACUCACUCACUGAGGUUCCAGAUGGGCGUCGGGCCCCCCCUCCCCUCUGCCAACACAGUGUCGACACCCAGACGCCCUGUAACCAUAGCAACAGCAGCAGCCGCUUUCAGUCCGUCUCACCCACCUUCACAUCCGUCGCCAACGACAACAGCCCCGGUCUUCACGACAACUUGCUGAGUGACGGCCGAGAGAAAGAUGUGUGUCCUGGUUCUCCCCUCCCCAAGUACGCCUCCUCCCCCAAGCCCAACAACAGCUACAUGUUCAUGCGGGAGCCUCCCGAGGGCUGUGAGAGAGUCAAGGUCUUCGAGGAGACACAUGUGAAGCCCCAGCAGCAGCUCCCUCAGGUCUUGUGCCCCGACAGGAACAAGGUGAACUUUGUGCCCAACAGCGGCUCGGCCUUCUGCCUGCUGCGCCGGCCCCGUCUGCCCACUGCUCAGGAGCCCAGCCUCAAGGGCCCCGCGGGGGUCGGAGGGGUCACUCCAGGGGCCCGCAGCCUCUCCCCGACCCCCACCGCCUGCCCCUCUUCAUCCCCGUCACCCUCCUCCUCUUCCUCGUCCGCACGUGGCGGCUGUGCCGCCAGUCUGCCCCUCGUCCGCCACGCCGAGGAGAACGAGAGUUAGGACGUGGUGGCGGCCGCAUCGCUCGCGUUACCGUGGUGACCCCUGGCUCAGCAACACGCUUGCAUCCUCCACCCACACGACCAAGUUCUCAGCAGACAUCUGAUUCAUAUCCAUAGAGGAAAAACAUAAUGACAAAAAAAAAGAAAAGAAGAAUAUUUCAGUUAAUAUAGGUAGACGUUACCGCCUAGCUGACUGGCCAGAGCUGGGCCGAAGCUGGGCCGCACCUCCCCCACUGACAGCUGCUGUCUGUUCAUUAUUGCAUCAGUGAUGAGGUGCAGCAGUUUCAUGUAGACAUUGUUAGCUGGUGUUCUCCAGUUGGAGUGUGUUGGGGUCGUUUCUGUGUCCUUGCGCCUGGGCAGGAUUGUGUGCCUCUGUAGACACACCACCACCCCAUGCCCCUUAUGAUGAGCUGCCAUCUAACACACACACACACACACACACACACACACACACACACUACAGCCAAAAGCUAGCUAGCUGUAGCCACUAGUUGUACAGUGUUCCCCACCUCUUCUCUAGGGUGAAAGAUCCAGAGGGCAUCAUGUCUGUCUCUCAUGUCCCACAGCAUC